UCAAAAAAUUAUGUUAGCUACCAGCAAUUUGGCGACAGAUUAGAUACGAAGUUCAUAGCUAAUACCAUUUUCUGUGAUUGUGACUCUUAUCCUAUAUGCUGUAGGCUACAUCCAGAGGGAAGUAUCUCGAUUUGUGCUUGGAAAUGCUUGUGAUGCAUUUUAUGCCUCCUCCUUCCUUCAUACCAUUGCUGAAUCAGUCACAUGGCAUUAAUCGAAAAGACCAAGUCAUUAAUCGUGUCCAUUCAACAUUAAUAGGCAUUGCCAAGUUAAUUCCUCUCUCCCCCUUGAGACUUAUGGAAAUAGUAAAGCGGAGGAUGCCAUUCAUUCUGACAGAAGAAUCAGUGCGUGCAGAGCAUCGCCAGAACCAGUACCUGCAGUUGAUGGUGAUAUAUGUGGAGAACAUGUUAAAACUGGCGAGUGGAGAAAUUGGUGAUGUUGUCGGAAGAAGUAUGCUUCUGGCGAUUAUGGAUAGGCUGAUAGAAUUGGAUGUAAACAUACCAUGGAAUGCUAUCUUACACGAAGAAUUCACCAAAGAUGGUGAUGAGCUCCGGAUUUCUUGGAUGGAACGAUUUUCUGGUGAAAAUUUUAUUGCUCAACAAUUGGACAGCUUGAUGGUGCUUACCUUUGAUCACCUUAACUUUUGCAAGGAGAGUGGACGGUUGAGUCAGGUUUUUGAUACUCUUCUCCAGUCAUUUCAGCAAACUGUUUUACCGACAUACAGGUCUAAAUUUGCUCAGUUCAUGAUGUUUUAUGCAUGUUCACUGGAUCCAGAGAAUUGUGGCAGGAGAUUUGCUGAUACACUUUUUGAUAUAUUUAAGAUCAGCAUCUGUCUAGAACAGAGAAUGAGUGCUGUUGCCUAUCUUGCUAGUUUUUUGGCUCGUGCAAAGUUUUUGCCUAUCUCAUUUGUUGCUGAAUACGUCGAAAGUUUGGUGAAAUGGUGUUCCACUUAUUGCUCCAACCAGAGUGGCGGCGUCAAUCCAAUAGCUCACAAAGAAUUCUAUGCUGGCUGCCAGGCGAUGAUGUAUGUACUUUGCUUUCACAUGAGAUCAAUGCUUGCUGAUCCUCGCAUCAGACAACGGAUAUCAAAGCAUAUAGAGGAUAUCCUGAGGCAUCCAUUGAGCCCAUUAAUGGUAUGCUUGCCAUCAAUAGUGAAAGAAAUUCUUGGGUUUGCAAAUUUGUCUGAUAACUUUGUAUCAAGUGAUCUGCUAAAGUCAGAACUUUCAAUGGCUUUUGGUGGUGAAGAGAGGCUUGACAUGUUUUUCCCAUUUGAUCCUUGUCUGCUAAUGAGAUCUGACAGAUACAUCCGGCCACAUUUUGUGUACUGGUCAAUGGUCCGGAGCUCUCAUGGUGCUGCUGCUGAUGUUGAUGAGGGUAAAGACGAUAUUGAAAUCCCUACUGCAGGGAAGGGAAUGGAUAUAGCUAAUAAUGGAGCUGCUCGAAGUGAUUAUCAGGAUCGUGAUGAAGAAAUGAGCGAGAUGUUGAUAACACCUGAAGUUACUCCGUGCUUUGGAGGGGAAUUACGAUGCGACAUGCAGAUGAUGCCUUCAAGAAUCCCACCUACUCCAGAGUCCUUGUAGAGAUUAAUUUAUUAUGCCGUUUGCCUGUCGUGAAAGAGGAAAUGUUAACCAUUGCAUGAGGAGAUAGUUUAGAGCUUCUAAUGAAAAUUUUGUGAUAUUCGUUGUGCAUGAUGUUAGAGGUCCAAUAUUUGUAUUUAUAGCAAAAGCUAUUUUUUUAGAAAAUAAUUAACAAUAGCUGGUUUGAUGAUCUAAAUUAAUGGUGGAAAUAGGUAAGUUUCUAUUGUAUUUUCUUGUUGGUGUGGCGCUUCAGGAGAUGAGUGCAACAUAAGUGUAUAAGGGGCGCUGAAGGUAGAUUACCCAUCUGUUUAGUCUCUGCUUAAAUUGGAUAAGCUAAAAUUAGAAGACUAUCACUCAAUAAUGGCAUUGUGUGAUAAAUUGAAAGUGACCUGCAUCGUUUUUCGUGA